AUAACGGUCGCUCGGUUUCUCCAGAAUGUUGAGUUCUGGGAUGCAGGUGCUUAUUGCAGUGUUUACCUCAGGUUUAUGGCUCAUACCAGCAUGUGCGUCUCAAGACUUCUAUGUGUUUACCGAUCUUUCAUAGCAUGUGGAAGACCUUCUCUAGGGGCUCGCAUUGUGGGAGGCACCGAGGCACGAGAAGGCGCAUGGCCAUGGCAGGUAGACAUUCAGAUGGGAACGAACGGCCAUGUUUGUGGAGGAUCCAUCAUCUCCAGAUACUGGGUCCUGUCUGCUGCACACUGUUUUCCCAACCCCUCAGAUGUCUCCCCAUAUCGUCUCUACAUGGGUCGUUAUCAGCUUAACGGCAAUAACCAGUUUGAGACGUCGAGCCGUGUGAGCAGGGUCGUGGUCCCUGAUGGAUACUCAUCCCCGCAGGACGGCAAAGACAUCGCUCUUGUUCAGCUGAGCUCUCCUCUCACCUGGUCAGACAGAAUCCAACCCGUCUGUCUGGCUGAUGCCCAGCUCCAGUUUUACGGUGGAACCAUGUGCUACGUCACAGGCUGGGGAAACACUCAAGAGGGAGUCUCACUCUCAGGUAUUGGGACUCUACGGGAGGUGCAGGUACCCUUUAUUGACCGAGAUUCCUGCAACACUAUGUACCGCAUCCAGUCGUCUAGCUUUGAGACAGUAGAUAUUUUAUCAGACAUGAUCUGUGCUGGAUACAAAGAAGGUGGCAAGGACUCAUGCCAGGGGGACUCUGGAGGACCUCUCGUUUGUCCUGGUGGUAACGGGACAUGGAUCCAGGCAGGCAUCGUAAGUUUUGGACUGGGGUGCGCCCAGCGAAACAGACCUGGCGUGUACUCCAAAGUGUCAAGUUACGCCUGGCUGAUCCGCUCAACAGUGCCAGACGCCCAGCUGUUGGGUCGAGCCUGUAACUCUUCACCUCGAAGCCUUCUGGUCCUCAGUCUCGGUCUGAUGUUAAUAAUCUUGAGCUGGUAGUACACAUGCAGGUGGACUAACACUGCCGAUACUGUCCUGCAGUAUGGACGUGAUGAACUACACCCCUGCUAACCUCUGAGCCAUGUUGGGAGUAAAAUAAGGACUGUUCUGUAUAUUUACUCAUACUGUGAUUAUAAUGCAGUGGAUCAUGGAUGAUGAUGAUGAUGAUGAUUCCUGCUAAAUGAUAAAGCAAAUCAAUAAUGAAGUCUUUUAUAUUUUAUGGUGAAAUAGCAAAUCUAGUGUGUUAUUAAAUGAUUAAUGUACCACAAGCAAAUGUGACUCGCUGCCAAGCCUGAUGAAUGUCAAACUGUUUCCUACCUAAUGAGGAAAUCACUGAACAUCUUAAUGUAAACUUUUAUAACUUAUAAAAGCCCUGGAUUGUCCUAAAUGGAUAGCAUGGCACCAGUGUACUGUAAAUGUAUAUGAAACAUUUUUAUUUUUAAGGUUAUACAAGUCUGUACAAUGGUGUCAUACUCGAUCAUAAAUGAUGAAUCACUGUGUUAAAAUAAGAGCUACUGUGUAUGUGAUCACAUGAAGUGAAAUCUGUUUGUCCAAUAUGACUUGAAUGUAGAUCAGACCACAUUUUAUAAGGAAUUAAUGCACAAAAAAAAUGUUCACAAACUUUUUCAUUUUAUAAUUGGACAAUAAAGGUUGUACAUGUUUAUUGUGAAUUAUUAUUAAGUCGAUUGUGUUGCCCCGCCUCCAAUGCAUGGUCCCUGCUUUAUGUUGGUUAGGGACUGGCCUGGAUGGUUAUGCCCUGGACUGGACGGGGCACCAAUCCAAAACCCACGUCAAUUAAUUAAAAUGAGUAAAAUAUUAUAAUUAUUACGUGAAUUACAACACUGCCAUUUUCAUUUUAAAUAGCAAAAGGGGCGGCACGGUGGCUAAGUGGGUAGCACUGUCGCCUCACAGCAAGAAGGUCCUGGGUUCCAUCCCCAGGCGGAGCGGUCCGGGUCCUUCCUGUGUAGAGUUUGCAUGUUCUCCCCGUGUCUGUGUGGGUUUCCUCCGGGUGCUCCGGUUUCCUCCCACAGUCCAAAGACGUGCAAGUGAGGCGAAUUGGAGACACUAAAUUGUUCAUGAUUGUGUUCGAUAUAACCUUGUGAACUUAUGAACCUUGUCAUGAAUGUAACCAAAGUGUAAAACAUGACGUUAAAAUCCUAAUAAACAAACA